UUAUAUUUAAUUAGCAGUGUGCACUAUAAAAACAAAACAAAGCGCAGAAUGGCCCUGGAAGAAAUUACUACAAAUUUCAAUAAUUUGUGUAAUACAGACGUGACAUGGGAUGUAAUACAAAAAAAAAUAAAUGGGCUACGAACAACUUACACCAGUGAACUUAAUAAGUUAAAAAAAAGCGAACAUUCAGGUGCAGGAUUAGACGAUGUGUAUGUAUCGACAUGGUGGUGUUUCGAAUUAUUGAAUUUCUUACACCAUCGGCAAGCACCUCACAAUGCCACGAAAAAUGUUUCAUCAAUCAAUCAUGCGGCACAAGGGCAAGCUGUAGAAGUUUACCAAGGAGAUGUCGACUCUGAAAAGGACGAAUUAAUUUACGAGGGCACAAUAGAUGACAUGGGGAAUUUUAAUGUUGGUACACCGCAUGACGAUUUAAAUAGUCAAUCUCCAAUUACUGUAACACCCAUUUCUCAAAAGUCAACAAAAAAACGCAAAAGAGAAUCUGCAACAGGAGAUAUACAAUAUGAAUUAUUAAAAGCUUCCACGUCGGCAUUAACUAAUAUUAGUGGGGCUGUAAGUAAAUCCGAGAAUGAUCCAACCAAAAACUUUUGUAAAAAUAUUGAAUCAGAAAUACGGAUGAUAACGGAUCGUAACAUCCUAAGAGAAGUAAAGAGACAGAUAAUGAUGCUCAUUUACGAUGCGCAAGAAAAGGAAAAUUGAAGAAAACAUUUUUAUAUUUAUAUUUUAUAAAAUAAAACACUAGAAAACAUUUUUUAUAUGCUAAACUCA